GUGUGUGUCUGUCUGGCGGGACUGUCCAGCUACAUGACUCCUGUACCAGGCAGGCACCUCUGGAACCCCAUCUAUGCCAUGGGGGAGAAGGUGGACCCACUGUGCUCUGACGAGAGCUGUCUGUCACAAAGUGACGACCAGAUCUCCACCUGGCUUUGCCCUGAUGGGAAUGUGCACCACAUCGCAAAACAAGAUGUGAAGAUCACCUGUGCCAUGAACCUGCGCUUCUACCCGCUGGACAAGCAGGAGUGCACCUUCGAGAUACACGGCUAUGACAGCAUGCGGUUCUUGUUGGAGCCCGAGUUCCAGUGGGUGGUGCCCGGCGUUCCCGUGGUAACCGACGCCAACUCCAUCCACUCGCAGUUCGAGGUCACCCAGGUCGACUUUAAGGCCAAGUACAACUCCUUCCUCUCCAGUGUCGCUCAGUGCCCUUACCAUCAGGGAUCCUAUGCUUACAACACCGAAGCCUGCACCAUCUGUGAGAACUAUGGAGGGAAGAAGAACUCAGAGUCAAAAGAUGAAUGUGUGGACACCAACAAGCAGAGCCCCAACACCUACACCACCCUGGCCAUCACCAUGUACAUGAAGCGUCGCCUGUCCUACUACAUGAUGGAGAUCUACGUGCCCAGCAUCACCAUUGUCUCCCUGCCAGUGGAAAGCCCCAACACCUACACCACCCUGGCCAUCACCAUGUACAUGAAGCGUCGCCUGUCCUACUACAUGAUGGAGAUCUACGUGCCCAGCAUCACCAUCGUCUGCCUGUCCUGGGUCGCCUUCUGGAUCAACCGGGCUGCUGUGCCGGCCCGCGUGGCUCUGGGGAUCACCACUGUGCUCACGAUGAUCACACAGAGCACACGUGUGGUCGACAUGCCACAGAUCUCCUACGUGCGUGCCAUUGAUGCCUGGCUGCUGGCCUGCCAGUGCAUGGUGUUCGGCGCUCUUCUGGAGUACGCUAUCGUCAACUACUACGAUCGCAAGCCGAAGGCCAAGACUGCUGCGGCUGCCCCUCCCCAACCUGUGAAGGUCGUGAGGCUCCCAAACUCCCCCAGCGAGAAGGGUUCGAUGAACGGCCACAUGGUUCCCCCCGAGCCGCCCAAGAAGCCCAGGAACCCGGACGACGAGGGCAUCGCCGCCACCAUCGAUAAGGGUGCCCGGAUCCUGUUCCCGCUGAGCUACCUCGGCUUCAACAUCUUCUACUGGGUGUACUACUCUGUGGCUGAGCAGCACCAUUAG